CAUGAAGACAAAGCAAGGCUUUGUUUUACUGUUCAAAGAUAGUAACUUUGUUGUAUAUUAACGUCAGUACAAAAUUUACAUCCAUGAUAUACAGUUGAGCAAAAGAAAGAUUAAUUAAGAUGGCUUUAAUCACAGGACUGGGGCGUUGUAUCGUUACAUGUCUGAAUAUAUUUUUCGUGAUCAUAAGCUUGUUGAUGAUAGCUGCAGGUGUCAUUGCAUACCAAGCGUCGGAGAUUGAUCAGAUACAGUCGCUUGAAAAAGAUAUAAGAACCGCUCUAGAUACAAUUGCUUCGAAAACUGGAAGUGGAAGCACCGGAGCUGAAAGUUUCUCCAUUACUGAAUUUUUAGAUGGUAUUGGUAUGGGACUGAUUAUUGCAGGCUGUGUCCUAUUAUUUCUAUCAUUUCUUGGUUGUUGUGGUGCCUGCUGUAAAUUUAAAACACUAAUUUUUGUUUACGCCCUGAUAAUAUCAGUAAUGUUGUUGGGAGAAAUUAUUGUCGUGAUUUUGAUGUAUGCUGCUCCAGGUACGAUUCAAGGUUCUAUAAAAGAUGUUUUACUUGAGUCAUUGAAAAACUACAAAGGAAUCGGAAACUCUGAAGUAGCAACACUGGGAUGGAUGUUUGUUAUGCAACAGAUGAAAUGCUGUGGUGUGAAUGAUUAUAAAGAUUUCAGUCAAACAAAAACAGAUGAUUGGCGAAAACCUGGAGGCAAUGUAGUUAAUGAUCUAGAUGCACCUGUUGUAUGCUGUGUAAAUGUGCCAACUGGAACUUCUGACACAGACUUUAAUUGUGCUCGCGAAGCAACCCUGGAUAUAAACAAUGAGGGAUGUUUUGAUAAAGUAUGGGACUCGGUGUUAGGCAACCCAACGUAUGCAGCCAUAGGAUAUUCUGCAGCAUUUGUUUUCCAGUUGUUGCUGAUCAUAUUCUCCUACUUGAUGUAUGUCAAAGAUAAAAAGAAAGGCAACAAAGUGUAUCCUAGAGCUUAGUCAAGCACACAGAGUAUUUAAAUAAGUGUGACAUCCGUCAACAUUGGAGAGAAAGGAAUUUGAUUAUGUAUCUGUUUUAUACUUUAUCAUUACUUAACCAAAAAGUAUUAUAUUGUAUGAUUAUAUGAACAUUGUUUUUUGUUACAAGAUAUGUUCAUUAAUAUUUUUUGACAGCUUAUCUGUUUAAAGUAUAUUAACAUUAACAUUUCUUUUAAAACUGGGUAUUUCUUUCAUUGUAUUUAGUUGUAUUAUCAAUUUACAUCCCUCUGAUAAAAAAGGGGAAACCAUGCGGUAUGUUUGCUGUUAAUGGUGAAAAGCCAGCAUAUGUUGAAAAGUUGAAUUAUUGUUUAAAUUCACAUGUAUUUUUAAACAACUAUGAACAGUGUGUAUAUAUCGUGCAUUUUUUGCAAUUAAAUUAAAGGUAGCAAUUCAACUUUACCAGUAAGACAGUCGGGUGUUUCUUGCCAUCUCGGAUUGUAAUAAGGCCAAACACUAUUAAUGCAGAUCUUUAAUGACAUGACAAAUUGAGAGAAGAAUGAAUUGAUUUGUUCCAAAUUGAAUCAAGUAUAGAAAUCUACGUGUUUUAAUAUAUUUUACGAUACACAAAAAGAAGACUUUGUCUUUAAUUUCAUUUUUCAACUUUGACAUAUAAUG